AUGGGUCACCAUGAUAAAAGAUACAGCGAAGAAAUAGGUCACCAUGAUAAAAGAUACAGCGAAGAAAUGGGUCACCAUGAUAAAAGAUAUAGCGAAGAAAUGGGUCACCAGAAUACAAGAUACAGUGGAGAAGUUGGUCACCAUGAUAAAAGAUAUAGCGAAGAAAUGGGUCACCAUGAUAAAAGAUAUAGCGAAGAAGUGGGUCACCAUGCUAAAAGAUAUAGCGAAGAAAUGGGUCACCAUGACAAAAAAUAUAGCGAAGAAAUGGGUCACCACGAUAAAAGAUAUAGCGAAGAAAUGGGUUACCAUGAUAAAAGAUAUAGCGAAGAAACGGGUCACCAUGAUAAAAGAUACAACGAAAAAAUUGGUCACCAUGAUAAAAGAUAUAGCGAAGAAAUGGGUCACCAUGAUAAAAGAUAUAGCGAAGAAAUGGGUCACCAUGAUAAAAGAUACAGCGAAGAAAUGGGUCACCAUGAUAAAAGAUACAGCGAAGAAAUGGGUCACCAUGAUAAAAGAUACUGCGAAGAAAUAGGUCACCAUGAUAAAAGAUACAGCGAAGAAAUGGGUCACCAGAAUACAAGAUAUAGCGAAGAAAUGGGACACCAUGCUAAAAGAUACCGCGAAGAAGUGGGUCACCAUGAUAAAAGAUAUAGCGAAGAAAUGGGUCACCAUGAUAAAAGAUACAGCGAAGAAAUGGGUCACCAUGAUAAAAGAUACAGCGAAGAAAUGGGUCACCAUGAUAAAAGAUACUGCGAAGAAAUAGGUCACCAUGAUAAAAGAUACAGCGAAGAAAUGGGUCACCAGAAUACAAGAUAUAGCGAAGAAAUGGGACACCAUGCUAAAAGAUACCGCGAAGAAGUGGGUCACCAUGAUAAAAGAUAUAGCGAAGAAAUGGGUCACCAUGAUAAAAGAUCCAGCGAAGAAAUAGGUCACCAUGAUAAAAGAUACAGCGAAGAAAUGGGUCACCAGAAUACAAGAUAUAGCGAAGAAAUGGGACACCAUGCUAAAAGAUACAGCGAAGAAAUGGGUCACCAUGAUAAAAGAUAUAGCGAAGAAAUGAGUCACCAUGAUAAAAGAUAUAGCGAAGAAGUGGGUCACCAGAAUACAAGAUACAGUGGAGAAGUAAAUUAUUCCGAUAUCAGAUAUGCCAUCAAGCUAACACAGAAAAGUAGGUCACUAGAUAUCAGAUACACGUAA